AAGUGAAGGAAGAAUCCAUGGGCUUAGUUUAACGGGCCAUGAACAUGCCACGUCAUCAUAUAGAGUGGUUUCGCGCCAAUUCAGAAUCUCUCUCCUCCUAAUUGGGUUACGCGCCGCCUGGGCGGGCAGUCAGCGAAAAUCAUUCAAAAAAAUUGAUUACUGUACUCCCACCGGAAAAUUAUCGACUGAAACCUCCGACGGUUGGGCGAAUUGAAUUGAAAUGGGGGAGAAAUUGACAGAGUACGAGCGGCGGAGACUGGAAAACAUAAAGCGGAACGACGAAAUGGUGGCGGCGCUCAAAAUUCACUCGAGGCUCAACGACCUAUCCGCCGCCGCGGCCGCCUCCAAGCGCCAGAGGGAUGAGAGUAAAUCCUCCAAACGGAGCCCCGUAAAGAAGCCUAGAUCUGAAAGCCCUGUGGUUUUGCGCCGCUCCCUCAGGAGUCGAGGGGUGCCGCCUGAUGCCGCUACUGCCAGUGGUCCAAAUGAUGAUUUGACCGGUCGGAAGCUGACUUUUAAAAACCCUCAGUGGAAUUCGAGGGAAUCCACUGAGGUGGAAGGACCCCUUAAAAUGAGCGGAACAUACUUAGGUGGUGAUGAUGGGUUGAACCAGAAGCUCAUACGAACCAUUUUGCAAUGUUCUAAAAAAUCUGUUUUGUCGAGUGAUGGGGAUAAAGGUCCUCGUGAUUCCACUGUUAAGUUGGAGAAAAGUGAGGAAUUUGAAAAAUUCAUACCCGGAAAAAGGUUAACGGGUUCGAUAGAUGUGAACGCAUUCCAAUUGAAACCCGAGAACAUUGCACGGGUAGUACCAAGUAGAAUUAUGAGUUUGAAGUUUUUUCCCACAGUAGAUAUGGAAAUGGUUGUUGCUGGUAACAAAUUUGGAGAUGUUGGUUUUUGGAAUGUUAAUCGCAAGAACGAAGGUGGUGGUGGGAUUUAUUUGUACCACCCGCAUUCGCGGCCUAUAUCUGGGAUUGUAAUAGAUCCAUUUUGCAUAUCAAAGAUGUACACUUCUUGCUAUGAUGGGUUUAUCAGGUUGAUGGAUGUGGAGAAAGAGAUAUUUGAUAUGGUUUAUUACAGUGAUUACACUGUAUACUCAAUGUCCCAGAGUCCACAUGACGUAAAAUCUUUAUACUUUAGCGAGGGAAGGGGUGGAGUCAAUAAGUGGGAUGUGAGAGCAGGAAAAUCAUGUUUAAAGUGCGACUUACAUGAUGAAAGAAUCAACACCAUAGACUUUAACUCGGAAAACGAAAACAUCAUGGCUACAAGUUCCUCAGAUAACACUGCUCGCAUUUGGGAUCUGAGACGCAUUAAUGCAGUUAAACCAACACCUUUGAAGAUUGUUAGUCAUAAAAGAGCUGUCCACUCUGCUUACUUUUCUCCCACUGGAAAGUUUCUGGCAACAACAAGUCUUGACGACAAAGUUGGUUUAUCAAGUGGAGCUAAUUACGAGGAUACAUCUAUGGUGUACCAUUAUAACCGAACAGGCUGUUGGAUUUCCACAUUCAGAGGCAUAUGGGGUUGGGACGAUUCUUCCAUCUACAUUGGUAAUAUGAAGAGAGGACUCGAUGUUAUCUCUGUUGAGGAGGCAAAAACAGUUACUACUUUAGGAAGUGAUCUGGUGUCUGCUAUUACAUGCCGUUACGAGGCACAUCCAUACAAUGUAGGUAUGCUUGCAGGCGCCACAGGUGGAGGUCAGGUUUAUAUUUGGACUCAGUCGUGAGAAUGGAGAAAGAUCACAAGAUGCUUAUAUUUUAGGUAUCAAAAGAAACUAGGUAGUUUCAAUUUUAAUGAUUUCGUGACGCAUCUUUGCUUUGCAUGUAGUUGCGUUAUGACUAUGUUGUAACUUUAGUAUUACUCGGGUGUAUUUAAACUGUAAUUUUAGCGAGUUUUUAUGUUUUCCUCGUUUUUUUAAUCUGUUUAUUUGUUCAACUUUGAUGGUGUUUGUGGUAGGGGUGGAAUUUGGGGUGAAAUUUUCGAAUUUCACCGGUUCCGAUCCGAAUAUUUCCAAUUUUUGGAAUAACAUUUUUCGUUGCAAA